AUGAAGUCGUGUUGCAUUUGUAAGAUGGGAGAUCUAGUCACACAGUUGCGUGAAAUCGUGGCCAUAGCGAGGAACAUCCGAGAAAGUAUCAGAUUCAAAGCAGCAACCCAGUCCAUCACAGCUUUUGAAGGCGUCAUAGAAGAAGCACUGCAACGCCUGGGUCAAGACUCAUCCCUCGCAGCCACGUUCUACAGUCCUCUAUUCAAUUCCAAUCAGCUUCAAGCUUGGUUGAGGACGAAGGAUAUCGAAGCCAGAAAUGCUGAUAUUCUUGUGCAAAAUUUCUUGGAGGCGGGUGUAGAAAUUCGAAAUGCAUCACUUGCAUUCCAAGGCAACGAAGGCGCGCCCGUAAUUUGCUUCUUCUUUAGAGCAUCUGAUUAUGCAGAUCCCUUCCUUGCUAGCCUGAAAAAGUGUCUGGGGUUCAGCCAAGAAGCAGCCCUCUCCAUACCAGUGCCUUCGGUAUAUGGGUCUCCCGGACAACUGCAACAAUUGUUCGAAUACCAACGCCUAUUUCUCUAUUAUGCAAGAGCUCGUGGGAACCCUGCUAUACAAUUUGUUGCGGCAGAAGGGGCUGAAGUCGAAGCCUGGACGAUCGUGCUAAGAGAAUCUAGAGGAACUACUUCACAAGUAUUUAUCCCUCCAGGAGAGCCUUUUGAUGUAAGGGUUCAGGUUUCGCCUGAUGGAACUGGCAUUGAAGUGCAUUGGAAAUGGCCAUUCAUUGGAGGGAACUACCUCAGUGGGUUCCUCGUCUGGUCCAAGGCUGAGAGCGAUCCGCCAGAGAGUUGGAAAUAUAUCCUACAUCCUUCGUCGCCAAGCAGAUUCCCAUUGCCAGUUCCUGGACGAAGGUAUUUAUUCAAGGUGAGCGCUUCCAGUUUUCUUGGAAUUGGACCUUGCAGUCCUGUUACCAGCUGGGAUUAUCUCAUACCCCAAAUGCAACAGCUGAGUAUGUACCGAAGCGAUUUCCUACCUAUGUCCAACUAUCUUCAACCUUCCGUCUUGACCGGAGUUAUAUCUAAUGGGUUUCUACAUCAACAUGCAAUGUCUGAUCACCAAGACAAAGGAAAAGUUGAGGCUGCAUGUAUCUCCCCUCCCAGAGCAGUAAAGCCAGCAGAGUACUUAAAGGCAAAUGGAAAUCUCAGUCGACCUGGAGAACCUUCUUUGUAUCAAAUCCUCGCAUUGGACGUAAUGAGAGAUCCAGACAGCCGGACGGCCAAGCGUGAAAUUCAUUUUGAAAUAACACAUGAGGAGAGGGAAGAAAAAGUUAUCAUUCUCCUUGGUGCCACUGGAGCAGGUAAGAGCACUCUGGUGAACGCACUUUUCAAUCAGUUUUACGGAGUGCAGUGGGAGGACCCCUUCCGCCUGGAAUUGAUCCCAGACACUGAAAAUGAAAAACCCAAGGCCCAGAGUCAGACGUCCUGGAUCACAGCCUACACCUUUCCCUGGCAAGAGGGAUGCGAAGCACCCUACAACCUCACUGUAGUAGACACUCCCGGAUUUUGUGAUACUAAGGGAUUAAUGGAUGACAACAGCACCAUGACCCAACUACAUAACUUAUUCGCCAAAAAAAAAGCAGAAGGUCUGAGUCACAUUAAUGGCAUUGGCUUCGUGCUUCAGUCCUCCAACGCCAGGUUGACCCCAACUGAUAAAUAUAUAUUCGACUCUAUUCUAUCUGUCUUUGGAAGUGAUGUCGUCAACAACAUUUACCUAAUGAUUACAUUCGCUGACAGCAAGACUCCUCCAGUUCUCCAAGCAGUAACAGAAGGGAAAGUACCUUUUGUGGAUUACUUUUGUUUCAACAAUUCAGCUUUGUUCGCACCCAAUGAGGAGAGCAAAUCUAGGGAUAAUCAGUUUAGUUCCAUGUUUUGGAAACUUGGAAAGAAAAAUUUUUCAGACUUCUUCCUCAAGUUCCAGAAAUCCAAACCUGUAAGUGUACAGCUGAGCAACCAAGUCCUGAGAGAGGGGCAAGCUCUUGAAGCGACUAUCCAGGGGAUACAGACUCGAAUUCAAGACGAACUGAACACACUGAAUGCUAUCAGAAAGGAAACAGCCAUGGUGGAACAAAGAAAGGCAGAAGUAAAUGCCAACAAAAACUUCAUUUACGACGCACAGGUGACGAAGCAAAGGAGGAUUAAACUGAUGGAGGGGGAGUAUGUCACGAAUUGCCUCAAUUGCAAUUUUACAUGUCACUAUCCAUGCGUGGAGUCGAAGGAGCGGAAAGGGGAUUGUGACGUGGUGGACCCCAGUACAGGUGAUUGCACAGUGUGUCCUUUCAAGUGUCACUGGAAGAAACAUGUGAGCAGUCAGUAUCGAUAUGAGACGUAUGUUAGUACUGAAAAGAAGACCCUGGAAGAUCUAAAACUGGCAUAUGGGAACGGAAUUCAUGGAAAAUUGACUGCGGAGAAAUUAGUGGAAGCCUCCAAGCGGAAGUGCGCAGAAGUCCGAUCAGAGGUCAUGGAUGUUUUAAGGGAAGCCCAUCAGAAACUCUCCAUAUUGGAUGAGAUUGCCUUGAAAGAGAGUCCCAUGACCAUCACAGACUAUAUUGACAUGUUAACGGCAUCAGAAAAGUUUCAAAUGAAGCCUGGCUGGGAAGAGAGGAUCCAAAUUCUACAAGAAAUUCGUAUGGAUGAGGGACUGGAAAGAACUCGAGAGGACGGAACUCGUUUCCAGGGAGAGGAAAAGGUCGCCAACAAUUUAGCUAUUUUCUCAUCAUUCGACGAAUUUCAGAAGGCUCAGCAUCAUCAUGUCACUAAUGACGAGUCCACUGGCAACGAUCCGCAAGAAAGGCAUGUUUUCUAUGCUCAAACCAUUGGUGAAAGGAAUCCUGAUGCUCCUCCCACAAGAUCGAUUUCCUCUCCGAUUGAACAUCCUCCUGUGGCUCGUCCAAGAAAACAAGUAGGAACGAUAAAACACGGCGCACAAGACCGCCCUUCAAGUUCAGAUAAUAGGCUCCGCACUGAUGAAGUUAAUUCAGAGGCUGACGACGCGCCACCGAUAGCAUUCACAGCACCCCUUAAGUCGUUCACCGAAAGAGGGACUAAUAUCAACCCACAGGAUGAAGCAGAUCCAGGCAUGGUGAAGCCACAAAACUCCCCUGCUAUAGGCGGCCCUUCAAAACAGUCAAACAAAAAGGAUUCAUCAAUUACUGAUUACAUCAAGAACUGGAUGGGGGAGCAAGGGAUUACAAGCAAGAAGGGAUCACAAGCAAGCGGCAGCCACUACGAGCAGCUAUAG